UUCCAAUUUCGAGAUGAUGGUUCGCUCGCAGAGGAUCCCAUCGUUUUGGUCCUUCAACGGGCGGCGACUACGAGUACGCCGAGGAGGGAGUUCGAUGCUUUGGACGGAAGGUAUUGCCCACGGAAAUUUCCACCGGCCACAUCCGCAGCGGCCGUUCUUAGGUUUGGUCUCGUAAUACCUAAAACUGCUUGGCUCGGGAUUUGUAGAAAGCUAUGGCUUGGGUGUUUGCUAGAGAACCAUGAGUGCAGGCAAGUGGAUAAGCACGAACGAGUUUGAUCAAUACUUAGAGAGUGUCAUAUGGCCAAACAUUCCGCAAGAUAGGAAACAGUUGUUCAAUCAUGUUAAUUCAUAUGUAUUUUCAAGUUAUGUGAUGAAUGAAAAAAGAAGGAAGAACUUGGUUCGAUGGUUUGUGAAACAAAACCCAUUCUCCACCAAUUACUUUGUGAUCCCUGUAUGCAUAUGGAGCCAUUGGAAUGUAGUGAUUUUAUGCAAUCUUGGCACUGAGGAUGGUUGCAUCAUUAUUCUUGACUCACUCAUUGAUAUUGGGCUGCCUAGUCAGCAAGAACCUUGGAUUAGAAGAAUUUUACUUGACGUUUAUAAAGAAGCAGAAAGACCUGAGGAUGAAGAAUCUAUUUACAACAUUCCUCUACAUGUUCCUCAUAUGCCACAGCAAAAAAAUGCCCAUGAAUGUGGAGUUUAUGCAUUAUACUUCAUAUUCCUGCUAGUACGGAGAGGGCUUGGAAUUUUUCUCCCAGAAAAACAAAAUAAUAAUGAAUGCCAUGAUUGGUUUUGGAUAGAGGAAUACUAUAGGUUCAAACAAGAAGUGUGCUCAUAUCGUAGUCUGUUUUCCGAACAAAAACAAUAUCAAAAAACCGGUCAAAGAAAAACGAGACAACAGACAAAGCAAGAGGAAGUUAAAGAUGAUGUGGAGGUGAAAGAUUACAUAUUGCUUGAUGAACAAGAGGAAGAGAGAAAGAAUGAAAGAGAUGUGCAAGAACAGGGACAAAAGAAAAUAAAGGGAAUGGCACAAGUGAGAUCUGAUCGGCCAAGGACUCGCUCCCAAUUAAAAGAGGCAAUGAUAAAAGGGAGACAACAGUCAUGCACAUCCACAAGUGGAGAUGACGUCGCUUUAAAAGGAAUGGGUGAACAUCACUGUGUCCUGGUUGCUUCAGCAACGAGUGCUUUGGAUAUAGAGACUAAGCACAAGAUUCACAUCCAAUUCAAUGGCAAAGGGAAACCUAAUGAUAAAAAAUCUACCAAAUUGUUAUCUGCCUUUUUAAGAAAGAUUGCAACCGACGCUGUGGAUUGCCCGCUUGAUAUGAAAUGGACAAAGAUGCCAAUUCAAAAGAAGCAAGAUUUGUGGGCAAAGGUUCAAGAGAAGUUUCUUGUGCCAAAAUCAGCUGAAGAUUAUAUUAUGAGGUUAAUGGCCAACAAGGUGAAACACCAUCGGCGAGUAAUUAAAGCCUCAUAUUAUAAGGACGGUGCAACUAGAGAGAAGAACAUCAAGAAUCAACCAAAUUGUGUGUUGCCUGAACAAUGGGCAAACCUAGUUGACUAUUGGAGUUCAGACUCCGCAAGGGAACUGUCUCGAAUAAGGAAGCUAGCUGGUCGAAAUAAGCAGCCAAAGAACCAUAAUGUAAGGAAGACAAAUUUUGCACUUGGAAACAAGAAGGUGAGGAAACAGUCAAAACUCGAACGAGAGUAAGCUGUAUGCUUAACGACCUGAGGCAACAACAGCAAUUGGCUUGAAAGGGAAAAUGGAGUAGAAACAAGCAGCAUUUGCAGGAUAAAAAGCUUAAUUGUUAUUGAUAUAGGCAAGAGUGUCAGACCAUACUCUCUUAAUUCAAAGUCGAAAUCAUUUCUUAAUUCAAAAGUUGAAAUCAAGGUUGCCAAUUGAUCUUCUUAUUAUACUGUCUCGUGAAUCUUGUAAAAUAUGUUGGAAUCUGAGAGAAUGUACAAUUAUAUACUCUUUCAUUCAAUAGAAUUAUGAUAGAUUGAGGAA